AUGGAACUAAUGCAACAAAUAUUUGCUAAAAAAGUGGCCAUUAUCCUGAUAGAACAUUUAGGACGUUUACAACGCAAUUCGCUAAAAAUAAAAUACUCCAACAGUGACGAUAACUCUAUCUCCGACAUAUACCAGACCCACGUCUACUCAAAAAAAUUACAUUAUAAAUUACCUCGAUAUUUUAUAAACUAUUCUCAACGGCAAGAUUCUGAACUUCCACCUGAGCAGCUGCCACAUAAGCAGCAGAACAUGUAUUACUUCCGGCAGGAUAAUCAGGAGAAUAUGAAAAAUUUUCAACAGGAAAAUGAUGCUAAUGACUCCUCAAUAGCGAACGAAGGUUCAUUAUCUCAAUAUAUACAGUCUAAUAAAUAA